CCCCGGAGCUAUAUUGGCUUAAAAGCACGCUAAAAUCCCUCGAAAAAUCUGCUGCUGGCCAAUAAACCUUACCCUGCUCUGAAGUCGGAACCUGAGCUUCACUUCCGGCUCCUCAACUGCUGCCGGAGAUCGCCACCCCCGAGAAACUCGUCGACAGAUUCUCUGGUACAUAAAUCUUUUGAAAUAUGACGAUCAGAAGCUAUGCUGGCAUUAGAAAACCUGGUCUUUUGCUUGUACAUUCAGACCUACCUGUUCUGACUGUUCUUAAACCCAAGGUAACUUCUUUAUCAACUCUCAAGGUUCCAGGUAACCACGGGAGAAGAGUAGGGUUGGUUACAAGAUUUCAGUACUCUGUUGCUGAUAGAACAUUUGCAUCUAGUUCUGUGGAUUCGUCACGGUUCAAGCAAGGUACUGCCCGUUUGGGUCGGAAACAAGGAGGUCCAUCAUCCCUAUAUAGUCGUCCUAGUUUAUCAGAAAUGAAGAAUGAGAGAAUAGCAAAUCGUGCCAGGGUUUAUGAGUUCUUGCGUGGAAUUGGCAUUAUUCCUGAUGAGCUUGACGGGUUGGAGCUUCCUGUGACAGCUGAGGUUAUGAGGGAACGUGUAGAUUUUCUUCACAAAUUAGGGCUUACCAUUGAAGACAUCAACAACUAUCCUCUUAUUCUUGGUUGCAGUGUAAAGAAAAAUAUGAUUCCUGUUCUUGAUUACCUUGGAAAAUUGGGUGUCAGGAAAUCCACUUUCACUGAGUUCUUGAGAAGAUACCCUCAGGUUCUCCAUGCUAGUGUUGUUGUUGACCUUGCUCCAGUGGUCAAGUAUCUUCAAGGGAUGGAUAUCAAGCCUAACGAUAUUCCUCGAGUUCUUGAGAGAUAUCCCGAAGUGUUGGGAUUCAAGCUUGAAGGGACCAUGAGCACAUCAGUGGCUUAUUUGGUUGGAAUUGGAGUUGCAAGAAGAGAAAUUGGAGGGGUUUUAACCAGAUACCCUGACAUUUUAGGCAUGCGAGUAGGCAGGAUGAUCAAACCUUUUGUGGAGUAUCUGGAAGGCUUGGGCAUUCCAAGAUUAGCUGUAGCUAGACUGAUAGAGAAGCGGCCUCACAUCCUGGGGUUUGGGUUGGAGGAGAGGGUAAAACCAAAUGUGGAAUCCCUUUUAGAGUUUAAUGUUAGAGAAGCAUUACUUCCUUCUGUAGUAGCACAGUAUCCUGAGAUUAUAGGACUUGAGUUGAAACCGAAGCUUCUCAGUCAACAGAGUUUGCUUAAUUCAGUCAUUGAUAUUGGUCCUGAGGAUUUCGGCCGAGUUCUUGAGAAGAUGCCACAGGUUGUUAGCCUCAGUAAUGCACCUGUGAUAAAGCAUGUAGAUUUUCUAAAGAUUUGUGGAUUCUCCUUGGAACAAGUGAGGACGAUGGUUGUCGGGUGUCCCCAACUGCUUGCUUUGAAUCUUGAUAUCAUGAAACUUAAUUUUGAUUACUACCAAAUGGAGAUGAAAAGGCCGUUGGAUGACUUGGUUAUGUUCCCUGCAUUCUUUACAUAUGGUCUGGAGUCUACCAUAAAACCGAGACAUAGGGUGGUUGCGAAGAAGGGGUUAAAAUGUUCUCUUGCAUGGCUUCUUAAUUGCUCUGAUGUGAAGUUUGACGAAUGGAUGACCUAUGAUACUAUCGACAUGGAGGAGAUGGAAACAGAGCAAUCAUUCGACAUGAAUACACUAAUGGAACCAAGGAGUGAUGAGUCAGCUUCUGAUUAUGAUGAGGACAGUGAGGAUGACUAUCUAUAGAAUCAGGAAUCAGCUUCAGUUGAUGGUAGGCAGUGGAGAAAUUGGUUUUCUCAAUGUGGGUCUUUGUGUAGAUGGUUUAAGUGCAAUAUUUGAAUGGUAUGCUUCUUUACUUGCAUUUCUAGUUUCAACUUUUUUUUCCUUAACCAUGUAUAUAGAUAGAGUGGACAGGAAGUCAUAAUGGAUCUAGUGAACUUUCAGUGCCCAAGAAUUGAUGAUAUGUUCUCUAUACUUUGGUCAACAUUGCUGUGAAAAUAAUAAAAAAGAAAGUAAGUUAAAGUUAGGUUCACAGAUUGGGUAACAGAGGAGAGAAGAAAGAAGAGUGGGUAGUCUAGUGUUAAAAAGAUAUGAAAACACAAUCAAUCAGUUGGUUGUUCAAGGGUAAAUGAGUGCCACAUGGAAAAGGUUUGAUUUUGUUGAAUGUGGGGGAAAGAUGCUGCCGCCCAAAAUACUUUUCAAUGAACAUCACAAACAUGAUGGGGAAAGACGUUGCUUUUUAUAUCGCUUUGCAUACUCUAGGACAUGGAUUUGGCGAUGUAUUUAGGUUCAGAUCUGCAGAACUUUACAAGCUAUAGUUGAGAAGGAUAUGCAGCGGCCAAUUAUAGCAGUAUUUUUUCUUCAGUUCUUAGCUACUCUCUCUCUCAACUGACAAAGAUAUAUUCUUGUUUAUUCAGCCAGACGCAGAUGAAUGGUGACUCAAGCUAUGCACAUGCUGCCUUUGGUGGCAGUUGAGGUUUUUAUAUGUAAAUCUGAAGAUUCCUAUGGGAGUUUCCUUGAUACAAUGAAUGCUACAUUAUUUUCUUCGCGCUUUUCCCUCCUAGAGUGAGGUGCAUCUCCCGUUUAGAACAAGAGUCCUUCAAACGGUUAGCUAGUGUUGUUCAUGUAAAGAAACAUCUCAUAACUUGCAGUUGGGGUGCCCAUUAGAAUUUCUGGAUUAGUUCAAUCACUCAAGUGCUUUCAGAAAUUGAUGGAUGGAAAUAACUUUAUUUAAGUUUUUUCUGAUUCUCCGUACAGAUAAUGUCUACAUAGUUUUCA